UCACAGCUGGACUGGGCUUCGGGUCGCAUGGUACCCCUGGCAGGGACGAUGGAGGAUGCCAAUGGAGGAGGUCUGGUUCCCAUUCGAAUUGGCUCUCGGACCGUGGACCCUGACAGCGGUGCCGUGGGGCCUGUGGUGGGGGCUCGUUUCGACUCACUGAGAAAAUCCGUCGUUCCCAUUACUGCAUCUGACAGGCUGGCUGAAGGGAGGAAAGACACGGUGCUGAUGGACAUUCUGCAAAGAGAGUGUUCUUUGAGGAGCACAUUCUGGGUGCAGCAGGGACAGCAGGAAGAAGAGCUGCUCAGAGACCUUGACAGAUCAUUACAGCAUUGCUUUCAGGCAGCCACCCAGUCCACGGAGCAUGUGCAGGACUGUCAGCUGCAGUGGAGGGAGAGAGAGAGGCAGUUUCAGGCCACUGUGGCAGAGAUGAACCAGCAGACAGAAGCAGAAGCGCACAGAAGUGCUGAGGGAUGCUCGUACCUCCACCUGCUGCUGCCGGUGCCCGUGUUUCUCAUCCUGACAGGAGAUGAUGAGCAGCAGCGAGACAGGCAGGGCGGGUGGCAGGAGGAGCUGGCAGCUGGGCUGGAGAGGAUCAGUGUGGCUAUAGACAGGCUGCAGCAGGAGCGGGACAGAUGGAUGGUGCAACACAGCAUGGAGCGUCCCCUACGGCUGAAGGAACAGUGGGAGCAGCUGAACAGCAGGCUGGUGGAGCUGGAAGUGGCCCUCACUGCGCAGCACUGUGUCCGUGAGCAUAACCAGCUCCGCAUGGACACAGCAAAGGCUGUCUUGUCAGGUUCCUUCUGGUACAAAGACUUUGGGCUGCCCUACAUCCGAGGCCCCUCAGAGACACAGGGGACAGAGGCCGUUGUCCAGCACAGAGUCCUUCCCCUUCUACAGCGGCUUCUCUACUUGCUGGAGGAACAGAAGCUGGGAAACAAGGAGAGCCCAGGUACUUCUACCCAUUCUCUGAAGGCAGUGGACAAGUCAAAGUUUUUAGACCCCUGGGCCAAUCAGCUCUACUCACAAGACAGCCAGAAAAAAGCCCCGCAAACUGUUCUCCAAGGAAAAGUGCAGGACUGGGAGGAGCUGUUGCCACUAUCUCCACUCUUCCAGCAGCUGAGGAACCUGGAGGAGCAGCUGAGGAGCUUGGCUGUGGAGAAGAGCAUCUUGGGAGGUUGCCGCAGCUCCCACAGAACAGGUGGAAGACGCCCCUUCAUCGAUCUGCUGGAUGCCCAGUGGGAGUGUGAGGGAGAGCUGGUCCCCCUGAGCCCGGACUGCCUGAACACGCGGGAGGUCCUGCUGUACCAGUACGGGGUGUCCCUGCUGCAGGCGCUGCACACCCGCGCUGAGGCGCCAGCUCUCACACUCCAGAUCUCAGCCAGCCUGCCCCCUAACAGUUACCAUGGCAACCCCUUCUGUAACUCUUUCUUCUACCAGGAGUCUGGCGGCACCCUUUUUGUUCGCCGUCAGCGGCUGCGAUCUGCAGGCAGUUUUUUGCUGCUGCUUCUCCACUGUGUGUCACACAUCAUCAUCGGGGACAUGGGCACAGACGACCACCAGUUCCAGCGGGUCUUCUUCAGGAUGCUGGAGUUCACACUCACAGAAGGCUUUGAGUCCAAAAUGGCAACCCGCACAGCUGACGGCCUACAGCAUACUGGGCAGGAAGACCUUCACCUUGAUCAGGGCAAAAUGUCUGAGUCAGGCCUGAGCUCCCUGCUGGUGAACAGGAUGCAGGGCUCAGCAUGCAGACCCCUCCCCGACAAUGAACACGUGCCAGAGCAGCUUGAGAAACACCGGAAGGCAUCUGAUUUGUGGCAUCUGGAGGGCCUGCUGAGGGAUGCCAGGUCGGAAGUCAGGAGAAGCUGCCGGAAGGCUCAACCCCACAGCCCACAGUGAGCGUGAGACCAUCAGAACCAGCGGCCCAGAAAGCAGCUCAGCGCAUGGCUCCAUUUUUCUAGAACAAGUCGCAUUUGUACUGUACCUGAUAUCGCAGAUCUGAGGGUACGGUGGUCAUGAGUCACCGAAGGUUCACACAGAAUAUAUAGCCCAUGACUGUCAUGUUUUUCAACUGUUACAUACUCUUUCCAUAUUAUAAAGGAAACUUGUUUUAUUUCAUUCAUAUUUUAAUUUAUAUGUAUUCACUAAACUUUUCAGUGCUUAUCAAGAAUUAAAAAUCUGUUGUUUUCGAAAUAAAUGGAAAAAUGGUAAAAAAAAAAUGCCGGGCACAAUGAGUGGUAUUGUACAUUCACUAAUUUAUUUUUUAUUUAUCUUUAGUUAUAUGCAGGGUUGAAGUACAGUACUCAAGUUUUUCACUUAGCCUUCUCAUGGAACUGAAAGCAUUUCCGUUUUAUACUUGGUCUUGAGUCGGUCUCAGACCACAGCAUCUCACAAGUCAUGAGACCAAGACUUUUUUUUCUGUUACCCACAGUGGAAAAAAAAAACAUUCUCAUUUCUCCUUCUCCUCUGCGGCACACAUUAAUAAAAUACAGUCAACAAAAUAAAAAUAAAAUGUAUCUAUUAUUCACCUUUAUUGUAUUAGCCAUACACUGAUUUAUUUUAUUUCAGAAAAGACGGUUACAGAGUGGAAUGCUACCUUGGAAAUCCCUUCAUAACACACAAGAUGCCGAUAUUCAGUUUGGCUGCGUAAAUCAUGAAAGUGAUUUUCUGACAUGCAUGCAUAUUCUGCUAUAGAGUAAGAUCUGAACUGCUCAGUCCAAUCGAUAUUGUUAAAACUGGAAUGAGUGUGGUCACCAUUAAGGUCUCACAUGAUUGGUUCUUCCCAGAAGUUCAUGCGAGUUAUGCAGAUGUAAAGUUAACGUCUGUUUUCGUACCGUUUUUAUGAUUACUUGAUUGGUUUCCCUUAUCAUUAUGUAAUCAGCGUUACAUGUAUCAGGUUCCACUUCAAGGAAAAACAUCAAUUGGCAUAAUCAUACAUACUACUAUAAUCAUUUCUUUCUUUGUUUUUCAUCCUGAUUGGUUUAAAGCGUUAUUGAAAAGGACAGUUCUGUUCUGUUCUGAAUUGCCACCAACACUGAAAAAUAAAAUACUGUGCUCCUUUCUGAAUCAAU